AUGGACACGCCAAUUUACUAUUCCAAAACAGAAUUCAUCGAGACGGAUACAGGCAACAAAGUCUCUCGCCGAGCUACCAUAGCAGGUCCGCAGAACAUCAUUCUCGGAGGCAAGACCAUCAUUUCGAGCGGUGCAAUCAUUCGAGGAGACCUCAGAAGGACAGGCCCAGGACAUGCGGUGGUUAUAUCGUUGGGAAGGUACUGUCUGGUUGGGGAAGGGUGCGUCAUGAGGUGUGCUUGUCUAUCAAUUCUUCGAGGCUGCCGACUUACUGAAGAUACUUCGAGACCACCGUAUAAGACGUAUCGCGGCAAUUUCAACUAUUAUCCUAUGAAGAUCGGGGACCACGUUCAUAUUGGAGCGAAUACCGUUGUUGAGGCCGCCACCAUAGGCAAUCAUGUUGUCAUUGGAAAGAAUUGUAUUAUUGGGAAAUUCACCAUAAUCAAAGAUUGCGCUCAAGUUGCAGACAACACUGUUAUACCACCAAAUACCGUUGUUCCCGCUCUCGCCCUCUUUUCUGGGUCCCCAGGGCGUUUCGUUGAAGAUCUCCCAGAGUCAACACAAGAGUUAGUUGAGUCACAGACUAAGCACUAUUACACUCGCUUCCAACCGUUGGAUCGAUGA